AUGUAUGACAAGUCUGGUUGUAGUUCUGGUUCUGGUUCUCGCUCUGCAUCCAGUGUACGAGACAUCAGCUACAUGUCAGGCACCAUCCAUCGCCUGUCCUCCUUCAACGCCCUAUCCAAUCAAGAAAAGCCUUCAAGGCCCCAUAAUCCUCUACAAGAAGCAAGCACCGCCACUCUGGUUCCUGUUCCUGUUAGUGCUCCUGUAAUACACACCAAGUUCGAAGUCGUCGCCGCCCAUACUGCAAAGUGCGAUCUUUGCAAUACCCGCAACGACUCAGGCAUGUCUCGCUGCCAAUCCUGCGGUUGGCAGUCGUGCUAUGCCUGUACAAUCAGCAACGGGUGUACGAGGACGCACAAUGCUGGUAGUCGUACCCAUACCGGGCCGAUCGACAAUGCUCUGCUGGUUUCUUCGCUCAAGAGCAAGGGCAAGAAGAAAAAGAGUCAGAGUCGACCUAAGUCUCAGAAAACGAGGGUGUCGAAGCGGGGAUGUGGACGGGGCCGGUUGCAGCUGAGGGCAAGUGGAGGAGUUGUUCGCAAGGCGAACACUCCUAACCCUAGUUCCCCUGUAACGGUCACCCCUGGUCUCUCCUUCGAUGCCUUCCGUCAGCAGUCGCUUUCUCCUACCAGCAAUGAUCCGUCGUUCCUCGUCGAUGAUAAAGACUUCUUCGAGGAUGAGAAGUACUUCGAGGGCGCGCGGGACUUGUAUGCGUUUAGUCUGGAAACAUAUGGAGUCUGGGCCAACGACCAACGGGACCGCAAUCCUGCACAGCGGUGGUGCUACCAUGCUGUACGUCUUGAAGAGCUUCAUGGAUAUGCCCUGCUUAGCGCGACGCGAGCUGUUCUGGAGUUCAGGCGACAGGAGGCGGCCAAGGGUAACCGGGUUUAG